AUGGAUCCGUUAUACCUAGCUUUGAGUUUAUUUCGUCGACGAAAAUUCGACAAAUGUGCCGAAGUAUGUACCGAAAUUUUAGAAAAACAGCCCUUAGACCAAGCGGCUUGGUGUCUCAAAAUGCGUGCUUUGACCCAAAGAGUAUACGUGGACGACAUCGAAAGUGAGGAUUUAUACGAAGGUGAUUUCUUGGACGACAACGCUGUUGCAACAGCACCACGACCUGGAACCUCUCUUAAAACAGCAGCACCGACUACUUCAGUCAGACCGAAUACAUCAGCCGGCCGUCCUAUAUCAGGGGUGGCUCGACCUGGAACCCAAAUGAGGCCUGGCUCGGCCCUGGACCGCCUCAAAACCGCCCGGCCGACGAGCCAAACUGCUCGUGCCAUCCGGCUAGGGACGGCAGCGAUGUAUAGUCAAAAAGAAGGGCCUUUUAUACAAGUUUCUCGCUUAAAUAUUGCCAAAUAUGCGAAAAAUUCCUCCUUGUCGAAACCUUUAUUUGAGUACCUCUUCUACCAUGAGGGUGACAUCCGAAAUGCGAUGGAAUUAGCCGUGCAAGCGACGCAGUUUUGCAAAUUUGAGGACUGGUGGUGGAAAGUACAAUUGACCAAGUGUUACAUUGCCCUCAAUCUAAUCAGGGAUGCGGAACAACAAAUGAGAAGUGCCUUGAAACAACAUCAUCACGUUGAGAGUUUUAUUAGACUGACUAGAAUUUAUCUAAGAUUGGACCAACCUCUCUCUGCUGUAGAAAUAUGCAAAGCCGGUCUUGAAAUUUUUCCCAAUGAUGUUUCAAUAAUGACCGAAUUAGCGCGACUUUAUGAAAAUUUGAACGAAACUGCGCCUUCUGUCAAGUUUUACAGAAGUGUGGUCAUCGAAGAUGCUAUGAACACCGAAGCUAUUGCUUGUAUUGGGAUGUAUCAUUUUUAUAACAACCAACCAGAGCUGGCUUUACGUUACUAUAGACGCGUCUUGGCCAUGGGUGCGCAUUCGGCGGAACUAUACAACAACCUAGGUUUGUGUUGCCUCUACUCGCAACAGCUCGACUUGACCACAUCAUUAUUCCAACGCGCUCUUGAUUUAGCAAUAGAUCCCCUAAUCAAGGCUGAAGUUUGGUACAAUUUGUCGCAUUUGGCUCUUUCAGCCGGUGAUUUAGAGUUGGCUGUGCAAUGUUUGAAUUUAUGUUUAUCGUCGGAUUCAACACACGCAUCGGCGUUCAACAAUUUAGCUGUUUUACAUCAUAAGAUGGGGCGAAUAAAUCUUGCUAAAGCGUAUUUUACGUCGGCCGCAAGUCUAGAUCCGAAUUUGUACGAACCGAAAGCUAAUUUGGAAUUUUUACAAAAUGUUUAA